AUGAGCAACCCGGGACAUGCACCAACUUUGCGCCGAGAGGUCAUGCAAGUCGCCCUUAUCACCAGAAUAAGCAGCUCGCUCGCUUCAUCUAACCACGCGGUUUUGCUGCAAAGCGUGAUACCCCGCUCAAUCCUCUACACAGCUUUCUUUGCUCUUCAAGGAAUCAUGGCGAGGAUUAGUACUGUUUCGUGGACUCUCAUUUUCUUGGUUCUGCAGCUUUUUGGUUAUGCAACUGCAAGAGAAGGGAAGAUCUUGAGAGAUGACAUCAACGGCUUGAGUAAGAGGCUACGGAAUCGGCAUGAGACUAAUGAGGCUCGUUAUCGAGGGCUUACAGCUGGUAGUUAUGGAGGAGGAUCCAGCAGCGGCAGCAGCAGCUUUGGCAAUGGUGGAGGCCCUGGUUUUGGGCCAGGAGGAAAUGGUGGGGGUUUUGGAAAUGGAGGUGGUGUUGGCACCGGCGGUUCUGGUUAUGGGCCAGGUGGUGGCAACAUUGGUGGCGUGAUCGGAGGCGGAGGUGGUGGCGGUGGCGGUGGUGGUGGCGGGUAUGGCAGCAGUGGUGGGUAUGGCGGUGGCUUUGGAGGAGGGUAUGGUGGAGGAUACGGUAACGGUGGCAUUAAUGGCAUUGGCCCCAAAUCUCAUAGGGGCAACAGUGGAGGAACUGGCUCGCACACUAGUUCAAUCCCACACUUCACCAGCCGUCCUUCUGAAGCUUCCCGUAGUGAGGAAUAUGCCCAUGAUGGAUCAAUGAUGUCUCGGAGGGACACUCAUACUUCCCGCGAUGAGAUACACAAUCACGAUGGGUCGACGAUGAAAGCCCACAAAGACUAA